AUAUAUUUGAAUUAAUAUCAAUUCGAUUAACACAUCAGAAUUAGUAGAGUGAGAAAAACAAUUAACUGAGAAUUCAACGGGAAUGGUUGAACAGGGAACUGAUUGAGUGCAAACGUUUACGAAAAAUGCAAAUCAUGUUUGGAACAAUUUUUUGUGUUUUAUUGAAAAGUUUAGUAUUGAUAAAGGCAACUAUCACGCCGAAGGAUUAUACCACUUUAAACAUCCUGCAGGAAGAAAAUGUUUCCAUGUAUCAGGAAUUAAAUUUCACGCAGGAUAUUUCAAUGUCCGAGAAAAGUGAGCAUCAUAUACUAAAAUUCAAAUCUGACCGGAACCAUUUUGAUAGUACUGUGAGAAAUAAGCGGGAAGUCGAUGAAAUUGUACUUGCAAAUAUUUCUAUCAUUCCAGAAUCCAUCGAAAGCAUUUUGAGCAAGCCAACAUCUCUCAGAGCAUUUGUACAAUUCGACAGUCAAUUUACAGAAAAAGUAAACGACAUUUUUGUGACAUUGAGAUGGAACCAACCAGAAUUUGCCGAUGAAAUAACACAAGUGUACCAAGUGCAGUGUUCUUCCUUCGAGGACUUUAAAGAAAUCUGGGACGAUAAAAAUAUCACAGCUACAAAAUUGGAGCACACGGUGCACAAUCUAUCAUCUAACACGACAUAUUAUUUUCGAGUACGUGCGCAUACUAAAAAUUGUUGCUGGUCCUUACACGGAUUUAAUCAAUGUGUCGACUACACAUGAAAAUCCAAUACCUAAAUUAUUACUUACAACGGAUCUAGAUAUGAAAAUAUUGGACGUGGAUUUAAGAAUUACUAAUACCUUAAUGUCAGGAUAUGUAAAAUAUGUCGCUUAUUCGAUACAAGAACAUAGAAUUUAUUGGCUAACAGAAAGAUACCUAAUGACAUUGAAGAUUAAUGAAAAUAAUAUC